UAAAGUCGGUUUUUCUUACUAACUCAUCGUAAUAUUCUCUUAUUACCGAUUUACCUUUUUUACUUUAUCUUCAAAGAAAUAAAUUAUUAUAGUAAUCAGUAAUGUCAUUUCUGUCAGUUCGCAAAUCACAAUUAUGUACAUAUAGGAUACGUUCUUUCCAAUGAAUUAUUCAUUACGUCGAUUUAAGAUUUAGAAUUUAUGAAAAUAACUCAUGAAUUUGGCAGAACUUCAAGAGAAUAAUGAAAUGCGCCAUUCCUAUCCUUGACAAAAAUAGAAUUAUAACCACGGUAGUAAGUACUCAAAUGAAAAAUGAGUUACCUAAGUAAAUUCGCAAAUACUCUUAGACAUCCUUUGGCCAGAGGGAUGGCUUCAUAUGGAGUUAUUUGGCCAAUAUCGAGUUUCAUACAGCAAACGUUUGAAGGCAAAAGUUUCAAGGAUAAUUCAUAUGAUUGGUGGCGCUGUGCACGAUUUGGACUGUAUGGAUCUUGUUAUGUUGCUCCAACACUUUACAGUUGGCUGACAAUAGCAAGUAUUAUAUGGCCAGCAAAUACUUUAAAAGCUGCAUUAAUUAAGACUCUAUGUGAAACUGUAACUUACACACCAUUUGCAAUGUGUAGUUUCUAUUUUGGUAUGAGCUUAUUAGAAUCUAAAACAUUUGAUGAAGCAGUGGAUGAAGUUAAAGCCAAGUUUUGGCCAACAUACAAGGUUGGUGCUUCUGUCUGGCCAGCAGUAGCUGUAAUGAAUUUUUGGCUUAUUCCUCCAGCUAAUAGAGUUCCAUUUAUAAGUGUUUGUAGUCUUAUAUGGACAUGUUUCCUAGCCUAUAUGAAACACUUGGAUAAGGAGGAGGUUCCUCAAACAUUUGUUCACCGAUCUGCUAAAUUAUAAGAAAUUUUAUACAUUUUUAUUAGUUCAAUAUUUAGAUAAAUUUAUUGUGACAUAUAAUGUCAAAAAUAUUUUAUUUUAUCAUUGUUUUUGUUAGUAUGUAAUAUGUAUAUGAUACAUAACAUUACUUUAGUGUGAUAUUAAGUUAUUAAUUAGAGUAUUAUUUUUGUAUCACAAUAAAAGAGCUUUUAUUUUAUAUAAAUAGGAUGUCAAGAAUUGCAGUAUUUUAUAUCAAAAUAAAUUAUGAUAAUCUACCUCCUAUAAUUGUUAUAUGAUGUGUGAUAACCGCUUAAUUAAGAUUAUAACAUAUCAUAGAAAUAAAUGUAAAGUCAUAAUAAACAAGGACUCAUAUUUCCUCAACUUUUAGUUCCGGAAUUGAUUUAUGAUAUGUAGUCAACCAGUUGUAUUAGUCACGAGUCGUCAAACGUCGUUGUUUUUAAUUUUGUUGAAAGAAUUUAUUACAUAAUAAACAUUUGUAUACUGAAUUUUCUAAGAAUUUUUAAAUCGGUACAUAAUAUAUUUUUUUCAUCGGUAUUCAUACAUGAUUAAUAAACCAUUCCACACCUGAA